AUGUUGUCGCUCAUUCAAUUGUCCUUGACCAUUUCAGCAUUCUCUAUAGCCAUCAGCAAGACAGCCCUCCUCCAUGGACGGGACAUCAAUCACCCAUUGCAAGACUCAUAUGAUUACAUCGUCGUAGGAUGCGGCAUCAGUGGCCUGGUCGUUACAAAUCGCCUUUCGGAGGACUCUUCAAGGACGGUGUUGUGCAUCGAGGCAGGCGAUGCGUACGUUCUACCUACCUAUGAUUGGAGCAGUACUGACUACCAUAGUGAUCAUUACGAAGACAUAAUUCAGAACCCUGUAUAUGUAGGAUCCGACAUUGGAGGCAUUUACGACUGGCGGUUGGCGACUACACCGCAGACACAACUUGAUGGAGCAGCGAGACCUAUGCCUCAAGGCAAAGCUCUUGGUGGCGGUAGUAUUCUCAACGCAAUGUGCUGGAACCGGGGAGGAGCCGACGACUAUGAUGCCUGGGAGCAACUUGGAAAUCCUGGCUGGGGAUGGGAAGGAAUGCUGCCAUAUUUCCGAAAGAGCGAGACCUAUACACCUGUCUACUCCCAAGAGGUAGCUACAGAGUACUCGAUCAAUUACAAUCCUGCGGUACACGGCUCCGAUGGGCCCGUGCAGGUCAGCUAUCCUCAUUAUUUCUAUCCGCAGUCAGCAAAUUUGUUUGAGGCCAUGAAUAAUCUAGGCAUUCCAACACAAUUUGAUCCGAAUGAUGGAACUUCCGCGGGGCCUGCACUCGUCCCUACAGACCUUGAUCCUAAUAAUCAAACACGUUCGGACGCUCGACGAACAUACUUUGACCCUUACGUCUAUCGGGAUAACUUUCAUGUCAUUACCGGCCAGCACGUCACAAGAGUCCUGAUCGAAGGGGUUGCGAAUAAUUCUCAAGUAAGCCGUCCUGCUGCAGGUGGCAAUGAAAAUGGAGAAGGUGGAACAACAGGAAAUAAUGAAGGCUUUGGAUUUGGCCCCGAAGGAAGUACACCACCAAUCGCUGAGCCGCCCCAAAGCAAGUUACGAAGACAAAACCAUGCUUCAUCAAAUCUAAGGAUCCAAGGUGUUGAGGUCAGGCCGAAGUGCCUUGACUGGUCGAUAUUUGCUGACAAUCGACAGUUUGCUUCAAGUGCAUCUGAUGAACGUCACACCGUAUAUGCGACGAGAGAGGUCAUUGUCGCUGCUGGCUCACUACACUCUGCUCAGCUUCUCCAAUUAUCUGGCAUUGGGCCUUCAUUUUUAUUACAGCAAUAUAAUAUUCCCGUGGCAAUUGACUCACCUGGUGUUGGGAACAAUCUCCAGGAUCACUGCCUUGUCGGCACCUUCUACCCAUACAACAACGCAAGCUAUCCCUCACCCUCAGAGCUCACAACAAACGACACAUAUAAUCAAGAAGCUGAAGCUGAAUACCGACAGCAUAAGACCGGCCCAUGGACAUCAGGAUCACCAAAUGCACUAGCCUUCAAUCCCUUGUCCUUGAUCAGCACUAAUGCAGGUAUAAUCAUCGCAAAUGCUACAAGACAAGGAGCAGCGGACUUCCUAGUUGCAAACCUCGACUCAACGGUGAUUGCUGGCUAUGCGGCCCAGAAGAACUCCUUGGCCUCGAGAAUUGGGAGAAACGACGUUGCGGCGUACGAAAUUAUCAACAACAAUGCUGGCAGCUUGACCGUGGCAGUCAUGCAUCCUUUAUCUCGAGGCACAUGUCGUAUCACCUCACCUGACCCAUUCGAGCCUCCAGCAAUCGACCCACGAUGGUUGACUAAUCCUGUGGACCGUCAAGUGCUUGUGGAGGCUCUACGAUUCAAUCGUGAGAUUCUUGCUCAGCCGUCAAUGCAGGAGCUUCGUCCAGCUCAAUUUGUACCUCCAAUAGACGCUGAUGAGGCCGCGCUGAACCAAGUCAUCAACAAUGGACUGCGGACUGAGUUUCACCCAAGCGGUACUCUGGCUAUGCUACCACAAGAACAAGGUGGUGUCGUGAAUUCGCAUUUGCUGGUCUAUGGCACUCAAAACCUUCGGGUGGUCGAUGCUUCCAUCUUCCCACUUAUCCCAGCGGCCCAUCUGCAGGCCGUGGUAUAUGGUGUGGCGGAGAAAGCUGCCGACAUCAUCAAAGCUGAUAACUUGGCUGCGGUAAACCCUCAUACAACAAUUUCAUCAACCCAUAGUCUAGCCAGCAGCUCAGCCGUAUCCUCUGUAACACCAUCGGCUAGCAUCUUAAGCUUCACAAAUUCUUCUAGUCCUUCCCAGACAAUGGUCACUCCGACUUCGCUGACUAGCUUGAUCGCGACAAUUUCAAGCGCCUCACAACCUUCAAUGCUCUCGGAGACAUCGCGAGUCACCUCGGAAGGUCUAACGAGCUCUGUCAGCUCGUUCAGUCUGGCUAAUCUCGCUUCAACUACGUCCCCGAGUCCAUUCCAAUCCGUGAUGGUCUUUUCCUUAACGAUACCGACGGAACUUCCAGCACAGCUUUCCACCGUCCAUAUUGGUCAGCCGGUAUCCACACCAGCACAAACCACCACACCUGCAGUCCUUGCAUCUUCAACAGGCUCUGCAGCUAUCUCUGAAUCAGUAGCUGACCGUCUGACGUCUGCUGGAGUACCGGAAAUGGCAGCCACCUCAUUAGCGCCUGUGAUCGUAGGGAGCCCUCCGGAGAAUGGAGCCUCAGCAACGAAUAUGCCUGACGGUGUCAAUGAGCAAAUACGAGAAGCAGCCAUCGAUGCAAUCAUACAAUGGAUAUUAUCGUAUCUGCGUUCCAUGAAAGACAAACCCUAA